UACCACUCGUUAACUUGCGCAGGGACGAGGGCCUCUCUGCUCAAAAGCGAAACAGACAGUGAAACACUUUUUGGCGGUUGUUCUCCCAAGCCUUGCUGCCAGAGUGCUAACCUGCGCCGGCGUUGCAUGUUAACGUACGCCGUCCUCGUCCUGAGCCACCAUGAAUCAAAUUCAAUCAUUUCAAUUAGGUUUUAAGGCUUUUACAAAAGUAGUAGCUCCUGGGAGUUUCAGAAUCGCAGCAUUGGUUUCGUUGAGGGUGAGCAAGAGCGCCAUGGGUUCUAGACGACCCAUUUCCAGUUCUUCGAGACCCAUUUUGGCAAUCUCCGAGGACAAGAAAAAAGAUAAACCUUUGAAAGGAUUGAUGGCGACGAACCCAAAUCUCGAGAAGCCUGUUAUUAAGGAACAUAGAGCGGAGAGCAGUUCAGAUGAGUUUGAGAGUUUUAAGGAUGACCCGUCAAGCAUUGAGAAAAUGACAGUUCAGGAACUGAGAACUACAUUGAGGAGGGUUGGGGUUCCUGCCAAAGGUAGUAAACGUGACCUUGUAUCGGCCUUGAAGGUGUAUGCGGCCAAGAAGAUAAAUGGUGAGCAUUGUCAAAUGACAGAAGAUAAAAUCUUGUCCAUUUCUGCUGAAAGCCUUUCAGAGGAUAGGGAAGAUGAAAAUUUAUAUGAUGAAGAUGGAGUUAAAAAUGUCAGCGCUUUUUCAGAGGUUCAUGGAAUUCAACGGAGUAAGAGAAGGUUGAAACAAUCCGGAGUUGAAUAUAAGGUUGUAACAACUAGACAGAAGUUGUCAGCUAAAACUGAUGAGGUUUCAGGCGGGAAGCUCUCAAGGACAAAGAGGAAAGUAUCUUCCGAGAGUGCUACUGUUGGUGUUAAGACUGAUGAGGAAGUUAAUACACCCACAAUGGAAUCUGAACCAUGGACAGUUCUUGCCCACAAGAAGCCUCAGAAAGGUUGGAUUCCUUAUAAUCCUAAAACCAUGAGGCCUCCACCUCUUAAUGGUGAUACAAAGUCUGUGAAGCUAAUGUCUUGGAAUGUCAAUGGAUUGAGAGCGUUGUUGAAGUUAGAGGGAUUCUCUGCACUGGAACUUGCUCAAAGGGAGGAUUUUGAUGUAUUAUGCUUGCAGGAGACCAAACUGCAGAAAAAGGAUAUUGAAGGAAUUAAGCGGAGUCUGAUAGAUGGCUAUGAAAAUAGUUUCUGGACGUGUAGUGUUUCCAAGCUUGGUUAUUCUGGAACUGCAAUUAUUUCACGGAUAAAGCCACUUUCAGUCAGAUAUGGCCUCGGCAUAGCAGAUCAUGAUAGUGAGGGGCGGCUAGUGACAGCUGAAUUUGAUUCAUUUUAUCUGAUUAGUGGAUAUGUUCCUAAUUCUGGAGAUGGUCUGAAGAGACUGUCAUACAGGGUCACAGAAUGGGAUACAUCCCUCAGCAAUUACAUGAAAGAACUCGAAAAGUCAAAGCCUGUUGUUUUAACUGGUGAUCUGAAUUGUGCUCAUGAAGAGAUAGACAUAUUUAACCCUGCUGGAAACAAAAGAAGUGCUGGUUUUACAGAUGAAGAAAGGCAAUCAUUUGGGACAAACUUCUUGUCUAAGGGAUUUGUGGAUACCUUUAGGAGACAACAUCCUGGUGUUGUAGGAUAUACUUACUGGGGUUAUAGACACAACGGACGCAAAACUAACAAAGGGUGGCGGCUCGAUUACUUCCUUGUAUCAGAAUCCAUUGCGGACAAGGUUCACGACUCCUACAUUCUCCCUGAUGUUACCGGUAGUGAUCAUUGCCCUAUUGGCCUUGUACUCGAGCUGUAGUUACUUGGACAGCUACUCAUAUCCAUAGCCACUAUAGAUGACUUCUGUUAUCCACGGGAAAAUUCACAAGGCCAAAGGUGGUGAAGUUCUGAAACAAUGGGCUUUAUUGACAGUGGCCCCGCAAGCAUUAUUGGACAACAUGGGUGGCAAUUUUGUACGGGAGGCUUACGUAAUUCUGGGAAUUUUGUUUGGUAGGUGAGAAAUUGAAAAGCUAUUCGAAAUUUUGCUACUCUUUUGAAAACUUCAAAAAGUUUGAAAAGUUUCUCAGUUGUUGGGAAUUGUCCAUUGGCCCGCAUGGAUCAUUAUUAUAUGAUGUAAGAGAAGAAAAUUAAAAUUGGCACAGAACUGGCUCUUCUUGUCGACCAUCUAUUUCAUUCUCUUAUCCUUUUCAUAUGUGGUUUUCCAUGGACCCGUUUGUAUUCUGACACAAAAGUCUAAAGACGAUCACUAUAAUAUUAUAUUUACCAAGAUUAGUAAUGAUAA